GGAAGGUUUUGCACUCAGACUGGCCUUUUGCAAAUUAGCCCUUUCCUCACUGGCGCCCCCAACAUGCAGCUUACAAAAGGUAAACCCAAAGAUGCGAGUGUUUAUUAGUGUUGAGGAUACCACACGCCCACGAGGGCGAGAAAGCGGAAGAGGCGGGGCAGGAAGAGGAAGCGCGACAAAGGAGUUAGCGGCUUCCCAGUUGCCAUGGAGACUGGAUGGCCGAAGGAGGUCCCGACCACAGAGUCUGGAUCCUACGCGUUUGCCGGGGCAACGUGGACGCCGAGCCCGCGCCUGGCCCGGAUCCGCAGCCCUAGCCACUCAGUCUGGCUGUCCUCCCGCGCCUACUCCGACGCCUUCAACUACAACUUAGGGGCCCGGCCCGGCCGCUUAGCGCCGCUGCCCGAGCCGCACCUGCUGCGUCUGCGUCCCACCUCUCUGCGCACCCAGGAGAUCUCACACUUGCUCACGGGCGUCUUCCGCAACUUGUACACUGCCGAGGUUAUCGGCGAAGAGGUGAGCGCCAACUUGAUCAAGGCCCGCGGCAGCGAGGAUGUGCACCACGAGGAGUUCGUGGACCAGCUGCAGCAGAUUCGGGAGCUCUAUAAGCAGCGGCUGGAUGAGGUUGAGAUGCUGGAAAGACACAUCAUCGAAGCCCGAGCCAGGGCCCUGGCGGAGAAAGAGCGGGUCACACGGCAGAUCCAAGUCGAGGCCACUGAGUCGUUCACCUUGCCUCCAGUGAAUUCCAUCUUCAGAUGGUGUGUGGACAAUGAGCUGCUACAGAAGCAUCACUUGAUCUCUCCAGACGAUUACUACACUGAUCCAGUGCCCUUCUGCUCUGCACCGAAAGGCAAAUUUGCCCCUCGAUAUACCAGGACGACAUUUAGCUAUGAGAUGCGUACCGUCCCGAAGAAAGACCCGGCCAAGAAACCUGGCCCCUCUAAGAAGCUGCUCCCUAAGUUAGAAGAGUCAGACUACACUGUGGACAGCCUGACGUGGGGCCCGCCUUCAAAGGCCAAAGUCGGUACCAAGGAGACUGUCAAGGCAGGUCCACCAAAGAAUAAAAACUGGAUGAAUCACUUACGUAUGCCCCAGAGAGAGCUGGAGCGACUUCUGCUUGCCAGGAUGGAGAGCCGGAACCACUUCCUGAAAAACCCUCGUUUUUUCCCUCCUAACACUCAGUAUGGGGGCAAGUCUCUUCUCUUCCCUCCCAAGCCGCCGGCCCUGAGGGGAGCAUGCCAGAGUGUGGCGUCGGGCCAGAGUUGUGCUGACACACCAGUGUUUCUGGCUAAGCCAUCAGUUGGAUUUUUCACAGAUUAUGAAAUUGGACCAGUGUAUGAGAUGGCAAUCUCCCUGCAAAACAUCACCUCGACCAGCCGCUUCCUGCGAGUCCUCCCGCCUUUCACUCCGUACUUCUCUCUGGGACUGGGGAUGUUCCCAGGAGAAGGUGGAAUGGUGGCUCCCGGAAUGAUCUGCCAGUACACUAUUCAGUUUUUUCCCGACUGCCUUGGGGAUUUUGACGAUUUUAUUUUAGUCGAGACCCAGUCGGCUCACACGCUCCUGAUCCCCCUGCAGGCACGGCGGCCGCCACCAGUGUUGACUCUGUCGCAGGAGCUGAACUGUGGUUACUGCCUCAUUGGAGGAAUAAAGAUGACCAGAUUCCUCUGCAGAAACGUGGGCUUCAGCGUCGGCAGGUUCUGCAUUAUGCCUAAGAAGAGCUGGCCCCCACACAGCUACAGGUCUGUUGCAACCGUCGGCUUUGUUGAACAACCUCCCUUUGGCAUCCUGCCGUCUGUGUUCGAGCUGGCACCGGGGCAGGCCAUCCUCGUGGAGGUCUUGUUCCUCCCAACAAACCUCGGAAAGGCAGAGCAGGCCUUUGUCAUCGUGUGCGACAACUGUCAGGUCAAGGAGGUGGUGACCGUAGGAAUCGGGCAGCUGGUCGCACUGGAUCUGAUCUAUGUUUCUGGUGAAAAAAGUCAACCGGAGCCAGGGGAGUUCACAGACUUAACAGCCCAGCACUUCAUACGCUUUGAGCCCGAAAACCUUCAGUCCACGGCUAGGAAACAGCUGAUUAUUAGAAAUGCCACGCACGUGGAGCUGGCCUUCCACUGGCAGGUCAUGAAGCCCAACCUGCAGCCUCUGAUGCCCGGAGAAGCCUACAGCGCCGACAGUAUCAAGUACCACCCCGACAGGGAGACCGCCUUCUCCAUCACGCCCCAGCGGGGGACUUUCAACCCCCACACCGACCACGAGUUCACCCUGAGCUUUUCUCCUUCUGAGCUGAGACACUUUCACAGCGUGUUCCAGUUGGUGCUGGAGGAAAUUCCAGAGCCCGUGAGUGCAGAGCUGGAAGACCUGGAGGAGCCCUCCUACACAGUGGAUGACGUGAUUGUCCUGGAAAUCGAGGUGAAGGGCUCAGCAGAACCAUUCCAGGUUCUCUUAGAACCAUAUGCCCUCAUCAUCCCAGGGGAGAACUACAUUGGCAUAAAUGUGAAGAAAGAUUUUAAGAUGUGGAACAACAGCAAGUCUCCUAUCAGAUACGCGUGGGGGAAGAUCAGUGACGUGCACAUCAUCGAAGUGGAACCCUGCAUGGGGGUUGUAGAACCCAGCGAGGUUGAGUGUUUUGUGUUGAACUUUACUGGGGGUGUCCCUGGGCCGACCAGCCACGAUCUGCUGUGUGAAAUCAAAGAUUCCCCCUUCCCGGUGGUGUUACACAUCGAGGCGGCCUUCAAGGGGCCUGCUCUCGUCAUCAAUGUCUCAGCCAUCCAGUUUGGUUUGCUUCGCCUGGGGCAGAAAGCCGCCACCUCCAUCCAGAUACAGAACAUCAGCCAGCUCCCAGCCGUAUGGCACUUGCAGGAGAGCCCGGACUGCCUGGAGGAAAGGCAGCAGGAGGUGUCUCCUUUGGACAUUGAGCCCUCCAGCGGCCAGAUCCCGCCCCUGGGGGAGUGCAGGGUGAGCAUCGCCCUGGAGGCCCUGUGCUGCCAGCGCCUGCAGACCGUCCUGGAGCUGCAGGUGGUGAACGGGCCCUGCAGCUACCUUCCCGUGUAUGCCGAGGUGCAGCUGCCCUACGUGUACCUGCAGAGCAGCCAGGUGGAGGUCAGCAAGCUCUACCUGGGCGUGCCCGCAAAGGCAGCCGUCACCCUCAUCAAUGGCACGCUCCUGCCCACCCAGUUCCACUGGGGCAAGCUCCUGGGACAUCAAGCAAGCUUGUGCACGGCAAGAAUCUCCCCCAGACAAGGCACGCUGGGCCCCAGCGAGGAGUGCCAGCUCGACCUGGAGUUGACUGCUCACACCAUGGAAGAGCUGACCGAUCUGGCCCUGCCUUGCCAUGUGUCUGGCAUGAAGAAGCCUCUGGUGCUGGGAAUUUCUGGGAAGCCUCGGGGACUGCAAGUGGCCAUCACCAUCUCUCCCGAGGGCUCUGAAGACAGUGUUUCCAUCGCAGAGCUGUGGCCGGGUCACCCCGAGGAGCACCGCCUGGACUUUGGCUCAGCAGUGCCGUUGAGGACCCGUGUGACUCGCCAGCUCAUUCUGACCAAUUACUCCCCAAUUCAGACCCCUUUCACCCUCAAGUUUGAGUUCUUUGGGAGCCAAGACAACAUAAACCAGAAGCCCAGCCUCCCUGACUUGCCCCUGACUCUGCUGAAGACGGCGCGUACUCAAGAGCUCUUGGCCAAGCGGGAGCAGCAGGUCUUGAUGGAACGCAUGUUGUCCCAUGGGAAGGGAGCUGCCUUCUUUCCCCAGGUUCCCCAGGGCAUGCUGGGGGGCCACCAGCAGCUCAGCAUCAACAUCACAGGCUGUGCCAACAUGUGGGGUGAAUACUGGGAUAACCUCGUCUGCACGGUGGGAGACCUGCCGCCCACAGUGAUCCCGGUGCAUAUGGCAGUGGUGGGCUGCCCCAUCAGCUCCCAGAGGACCACCUACGCCAUGGCUGGCCAGUGCCAGAAGGAGCCUGUGGUCAGGUUCCGCACCCAGGUCUCUGGAGGAGACACAGUCACCCGAGUCAUUCGCCUGAACAACUCCAGCCCCUGUGACAUCCGCCUGGACUGGCAGACCUAUGUUCCGGAAGAAGAGAAGGACCAGUUGUUGGAGCUGCUGGUGUUUUAUGGGCCACAUUUCCCACUGCUGGACCAAGCCGGGAAUGAGCUCACAUGCCCCAAGACCCCCGAGAGUGGCAGCCUCUUCUGGUCCGCAAGUCCCAGUGUGUCGGAAUUCAGCCAGGACACCAGCCUGUCUGCCGAGAGCAGUGCCAGUGCCAGAGAUGGGGCCAUGCAGAUUAUCUCGGUUGUCCUGCGGGAGCACGACGGGGUGCCCUCAGACCACCUGUACAGUAUCAGCCCCAAGCAAGUGGUGGUCCCCGCUGGGGGCAGCAGCACCAUCUGCAUCUCCUUCACACCCCCGGUCCUCGGCCCCGAGGUCCUGCACAAGGUGGCAUGCACGGGCUACGCCCUGGGCUUCAUGAGCUUGGACGAUGAGGUGGAGCGGGAGCUGCCAGGGAGGCGGCGGCGUCUGCAGGAUCUCGCCGUGGGACCCCUGAGGCUGGACCUGCACAGCUGUGUGAGGCCUGCACAGCUAAGUGUGGAGCCAGACUACGGUGGCGGCGUGGUAUUCCAGCUCCAGGCCAGUGAGCUCAUCCCUGAGCAGCCUGACUCUGGGGUGCUGAGUGAAUGGGUGACCACCCACCACCUGAAGCUUACCAACACCACGGACAUCCCACACUGCUUCCGGCUCCUGGUCGCCAAGCCGUUUUCUGUUUCUCAAGACGGGGCCAGCCCCAGGAAGCGAGCUCCCAGCCCCCGCCGGCAGCUGGAGUGUGACGAGGGGACAGCAGUGGCCAGCCAGCAGCUGGUGCUUCGCCCGCAGGAGAACAUGCUGGUGAAUGUGUCCUUCUCCCUCUCCCUGGAGCUGCUCUCCUAUCAGAAGCUCCCAGCUGACCAGAUGCUGCCCGGAGUGGACAUUCAGCAGAGCACCAGUGGAGAGAAAGAGAUGGUGUUUACGCAGACUCUGCUACUAGAGUACAGCAACCAGACCACCCAGGUGGUGCCCCUGCGAGCCAUCGUGGCCGUGCCUGAGCUGCAGCUCUCCACCAGCUGGGUGGACUUCGGGACCUGCUUUGUGGACCAGAGGCGGGUGCGGGAGGUCUCCCUGCUGAACCUGGGCAGGUGCCGCAGCUACUGGGCCGUGCUGAUGGGCCAGCCGGACAAGGACCCUAUGGCUUUCAGCGUCUCCCCAAGAAGUGGGCUGCUGGAGGCAAGAUCACUUAACGCACCCCCAACCUCCAUCACCCUGCAGAUUUUCUUCACUGCCAGGAGCAGUCAGCUAUACGAGUCCACGCUGGCGGUGGAAGGCGCCCUCGGUGAGAAGGUCUGCACCCUACGCCUGAGGGGCCAAGGCUCUCAUGAUGAGAGAUACGUGUCACCCCACCAGCUCUGAGGCUCCGCCCUCAGCCACCCAGCUUUGGAAAUAAACAUGGUCCAGUGCCAAGGCACAGGUUUGCUGGGCAAGGGCACACAAGAGAAUCCCAGCAAAGAC